CCCGUGUCCUCCACCGCGCGCGCUCAUUCCGGAGCUCUCCGCGCUGUCUCCGGCCCCGCUCGCGCGCGCGCUCGCGCACUAGCUGGCCGCUUUGUUUUCGCUAGAAAAGCGCGUCAAAAUGGUGGAAUGCAGAUGAACCCCAGACAUCUGAUUAAAGCCUCUGAUCACACCUCGUGCAUCUGACACGUCACGAUGGAGACGGUGGUUAUUGUGGCCAUCGGAGUGUUGGCCACCAUUUUCCUGGCGUCUUUCGUGGCACUGGUGGUCGUGUGUCGUCAUCGGUAUUGCCACCGGCCCAACCUGAUGCAUCACUUCGAGUCCAAGCCCACAGUGGAUCUGAUUGGAGCGAUGGAGACUCAGAGCGAGCCGUCCGAGUUGGAGCUAGACGACGUGGUCAUCACCAACCCGCACAUUGAAGCCAUCCUGGAGAACGAGGAGUGGAUCGAAGACGCCUCUGGUCUAGUGUCUCAUUGUAUCUCCAUCCUGAAGAUAUGCCACACUCUAACAGAGAAACUUGUUGCCAUGACAAUGGGCUCUGGAGCAAAGGUAAAAGCCCCUGCCAGCCUUGGUGACAUCAUCACGGUGGCCAAACGCAUCAGCCCCAGGGUGGAUGACGUGGUUCGGUCAAUGUAUCCCCCACUGGACCCAAUCCUCCUUGAUGCCAGGGCUACAGCGUUGCUGCUCUCCGUCAGUCAUUUAGUGCUGGUGACACGAAACGCCUGUCACAUGUCUGGCAGCCUGGACUGGAUCGACCAAUCGCUGCAUGCCGCCGAAGAUCACAUGGUCGUGCUCAGGGAGGCAGCCUUGGCGUCAGAACCCGAGAGACGACUACCAGAAAGAGAGCAGUCUAUCUGAGUCUUACACUCACACAAUCACAUAGCAAGUAGCUGAGUGAGACAUAGAAGCCAUACAAUCCACACGUAUACUUAGUAAUAGCCUUUCUUGCACAAACACCUUAUUUUCUUUUUUAAUCUGUUACACUGUUUACAGCGAUAGUUACAAUCACUUUUUCACUAUUAAUGUAAAUAAGUUGAAGCAAUCAUGGACAUCUUGUACUAUUCUUAUCCACUGCAUAUAUUAUUAGUGUGGUAGUUUAACCUUCUUCUCUGUAUUCAUAUUUGGAUCUGGAAAUGUUCCUGCUUCCAAUCUGCUAAAUGUUUGUAUAUAGUGAACAGGAAAAGUACAGAUUUAAUAAAGUACAGAUUUAGAAAUGGA